GUGGUACAAGCUGCACUCGAAGGCGGGCAAGAAGGAGAAGGAGCGCGGCGAGAUCCAGGUGGGCGUCCAGUUCAGCCGCAACCCGCUGAGCGCCAGCAUGUUCGACCUGUCGGCCAAGGACAAGACACGCUCUUCGCCCUUUGGCAGGCUCAAGGACAAGGUGACGGGCCGGAAGCGCUUCGAGCUCGAGUCGGCGUCCGCCAUUGUGCCGGGCAGCGCCGCGUUGGGCGGGACCGAGCCGGCCGGCCCGAAGGCCAAAGCCAAGACGUUCUUCCUGCGGCACAAGCUGCGCAAGUCGUCCCUGACGCAGUCCAACACGUCUCUGGGCUCCGACAGCACCUUGUCCUCGGCCAGCGGAAGCCCGGCCUGGCCCGGCCCCGACUACCUGACACGCUCCCCGAGCCGCCACAGCCGCCUCUCCACCGACGGCAGGGACUCAGCGCCGUCCCCCAAACUGCUGACCCACAAGCGGGCCUACAGUGACGAGGUGAGCCAGGUGCAGGCGGCUCCCCCGCGGGGCCUCGACGCCGUGUCCGGGUCCUCCCUCUGCAUCAACGGGAGCCACGUGUACUGCGAUGAGCCUCCCGCCCCGGCCGCCCACCGAGCCUCCAUCUCGGGCCCUGUUCCCUGCUCCGGUGUCCUCCAGGGGCUCCGCCGGGCGGAGGAGGGGGCGGCCCCCCCAGACACGGGCCCCUGGGCCAGAGGAGGCCUCGCAGGCAGCUCCGACACGCUGGCUGCGCCGGGCCUCCGCCGAGAGGAGGCCGGGGCUCGGGCUGUGGUGGAGGACGAGGCAGAGGCAGGACGGGCUGAGGGGAAGCCAGUGCAGGCAGCGGCGACCAUAGUGCCGGCCUCCACCGAGAGGGAAGAACCGAGGAAGGAGGAGCGCAGGGCCCGCGUGGGCCUCUUCCACCACCACCAUCACACCGGCCGCAGGGGCUCCCUUGGGGAGAAGAUGGGCCCCGGCCCGGGCGCCUCCCCCGAGGACAGAGGCCGCAGCGGCUGGUUCGGCUCUCGGGAGGGGAAGGAGCACACGCAGAAGCCCAGCCUGGACGUGUCUCCUCAGGUAGAAUCGGGCCCAGCCGUGCCUGCGCCGCCGCCUCCUCCGGGCAGCCCCCCCUGCUCUCCCCCCGCUCCUCGCAUGCUAAGCGCUAACCUGGCACCCGCUGCUGCGCCCCCCGCCCCCCGCGGCCUGGGCCCCACCAACCCGUUCCUCCCCUCCCUGCAGAGCAACCCCUUCUUUGAGGAGCUCGUGGCGGACACGGCCUUAAAGCGCUCCUCACCUGCUCGCUCUCUCCCCAGCGGCUCGCUGGCGGCGGCCCUGCCGCCCUGGGACGACGCCUUCGACGCUGUGGCCGCCGGUGGGCUGCCCCCCCGGGCCGGGAGCUCGGCACCCUCGGGGGCCCCCCGGACGCCGGAGUGUCCAGAAGAUCCCAGAGGAGGGGGCGGCGGCCCAACGCCGGACCUCAAGGCGGCCGGAGCCCGGAGUCCCGACAGUGGCCGGAGAGAAGCUUUGGCCGGCGUGGCGUCCCCCAUGCCCCGAGGACCCGGCCCUUCCUUGUCGGCCAGCUGGCACUCCCCGAGCUGGGACCCCGAAGUGGGGGGGACCCUCUCUUGGGGUCCUGCCCCUCCCAGUCCCCCAAGAAGAGCAAGCUGCGGAAAGGGGGGAUCGCCUGGCCCAGGCGUGUCCGAGGAGCCGGAAGAAGGGGCCGGGGGCGUGCAGAGCCACUUUUCCCCAGAGAUGGACGGCAUCACCGACAUCUGGGCGUCCGAGAUGGUCAGCGGCAUUCCCGGGCCUGAGAGCCCCCCACCCAUCCCAAGGAGAAACUGGGAACGAGAAGGGAGCCUUUGGGGGGCUCCAGACGCCGCUCCCACCUUUGAGGAGCCGGACUCCCCAGGGCUGGACCGUCCAGGAGGCCCGGCCACCAGAGCCUUCGCGCUGCUCCCCGAGGAGCUGAGGCCCGGGAGCCCCCCGCCCAAGCCUCCCCGUCUCUUCACACCUUCCAAUUCUCAGAGUGAAGACCAAGAAGGGGGGCCCCCAGUGUGCCCCGAAGAUGCCUUUCUGAGCCUCCCGGACCUCAGCUGCUGGGAGGAGUCGCCGGGGACAGAGUCGGGCCUGGAAGAGCCGGAGAUCCAUUCCUCUACAGGCUGGUCGGACCAGCGAGCUGCCGAGGGGGCCUUCGUCCCCGAGCCCAGCCCCCCAGCAGCCCCUCCAGACGAGCUGGGCCCCCCGGCGGCCCCUCAUUCGGAGCAAGAUCUUUUCCAGGCUUGUGAUGAGGACGACGCUGGCAGCUUCUCCUCACCUCGUGAGAGUCCGGCCUCCACUUGCCUCCCUGCCCUGCUGCCCUCCGGGGAGGAUGCGGCUCCGGACCCAGCCAGCCCAGGCCUCGAGGCCCCCCAGGACCCCUCC